AUGAGAUACUUCUUCGUUCACAUCCUCACCGUCAUCGCCGUGGAAUCCUUCCAAUUUUCACCAUAUGCUAGGAGGAGUCUCCAGUCUUUUCGACGCGCCUUUGAAAUUGAGAGCGAUCAAUCGAGUGAGACAGAUUUUGAAGAGGAGGGGAUGCUUGAUGAAACAUUUUUUGAUGCAGCCGAAAUGGAUGCUAACUGCCAUACAUAUCCACAAGGAAUCCCCGAAGAUCAUUACGUCAUGAAAUACUUCUCUGUUCCUCCUGGUGGUUUUGGAUGUCUUGAAUCGGUUUCGGAAGGUAGAGUCACUGCAGAUCUUAUCGCGAGAGUGGGCCUUUCUGGCGAUAACGUGACUGUCCCGGUGGCCCUGAUGCUGUUGGACCCUGAAACGUACCCUUCAGUAUCAAAAUCGAGAAAAACCUGCCGGAAAGGAGCAGUAAUUGUCAAUCGAGGACCACUUAUAUCGAACGAAGCCACUGGGGAAGUGGAAUUCAAUCAAACUACAUGCUUUCAAGGUAAAGCAAUUGACCGUGUAUAUCCAGGUGAUGUGGUUGGGAUCCAAAGGCAAAUGCAUGGGGGGUUCUAUCCCGGCUUUGAGACUACAAAACCACAAUAUGAGUUACCAGUUGUAUAUGAGGAUGAUCAUUUUGCCAUUGUGAACAAACCUGCUGGAAUCAUUGUGUACACACAAGGGAAGGGAGGCUCUGGUCCCAUGUCCAUCAGAGGAGCUUUGCCACUGGUAUUGAAACCUCCCAAAAGAGGAACAAAAGAAAUCAUGAGGAGACCAGAACUGUCCCACAGGCUCGACAGACCGACAAGUGGUCUACUGGUCGUUGGGAAAACGAAACCAGCUCUCAUAUUUUUGUCCAGACAAUUUGAGGACAGGCUGGUCAAUAAGACAUACACAGCAAUCCUGAACGGUGUUCCUGCGGAUGACGAUGAAGUACAUUACACUGAAGAUGCAGCGAAAGGUGACACAAAAUGGAAUCAGAUCGAUUAUGAGCUUGAGGCGAAAAGCGCAGUGACGUUUUGGAGAACACUCAAGAGUCUAAGCUGCGAAAAAGCAAAGAAUGAGACGCUUACUGUGGUCGAAAUGAUGCCAAAAACAGGUCGAUUCCAUCAACUUCGGCGACACAUGGCAUGGGUCAAAGAAACUCCUAUCGUAGGUGAUCGCGACUAUGAUGGAGGUGGUUUAUCCACUCGCCUGAGAGGUCGUGGUCUGUUUCUUUGUUCCAACAGAGUCAGUCUGGCGCACCCAUACUUUAAUACCGUGGAAGGAAAGUCAGAAUGGGAGGAGCUUCCGGAUGAACUAAAGUGGGCAAAUGGAACUAUUCAGCUUUCCGAGGACGGGUCCACGGUAGAAGUCCACGCAACGAUUGAUGUGCCAAACAAGUUCACAAGCUUUCUUCGGAAGGUGGAAACACAGAAUCAAUACAACUCCGAGGACGAAAUUCAAGAAAGCGAAGAUGAGCAAGAAUGA